GCGCAAGGGUCUCUGAAGUCUCUAAGGCAGUGCAUGUGCCACACUCAGGAGCUAUGGAACUAUGCUGCAGGAAAUACCCCAGCGGAUGGAUAUACCCCACAGUUCUUCUCUGCCUCUAUGGCUUUUUUGUCAACCUAAACGCAACAGACCCUUUUAUCAUCCCAUAUCUUGUAGCACCAUAUCACAAUCUGACUGCUGUGCAGGUGGCAAACUCAGUGCUCCCAGUUUGGACCUACAGCUACCUGGCAUUACUGAUCCCGGUGUUCCUGCUAACGGAUUACCUCUGUUACAAACCAGUGAUAUUCCUGCAAGGCCUGGGAUUAAGCAUCUCCAUGAUCGUAAUGCUCGUCACCCAUGGUGUCCCAUGUAUGCAAGGGAUGGAGUUUGCCUAUGCCAUUUUCACCUCCUGUGAUGUGGCCUAUUAUGCUUAUAUCUACAAUGUGGUGGACACAAUACAUUAUCAGAGGGUUACUAGUUACUGCAGAAGUAUAACAUUGGUGGGUGCUACCCUUGGUGCCUUGGGUGGACAGCUGUUACUGUCCUUGGCUGGGGUCUCCUACUUCACCCUUAAUGUACUGACGCUAUCACUGACCUUAGUGGGACUUGUCUUCACUUUAUUUCUGCCCAUGCCUACAAGGAGCAUGUUCUUCCAUAAGGAAAUAGCAGGGGACACAAUGAAGAUGUCAGUGCAAGAGGCAGAAUCUCCUUGUUUAGAGAAAAUAAAACCUGAAGCCAUGGCCAAGGACGCCGCUUCAGAGAGCACAAGCACAAAACACCUCAUCAGAGUAGUUUUUCUUCUUUCUAAAGAAGUAAAACAUUGUUACUCCUCCAAGCAGAUCCUGUACUGGUCUCUUUGGUGGGCUUUCGCAACACCUAUAUACAACCAGCUGAUAUGUUAUGCCCCAAUAUUGUGGGAGCACGUGGAAUCUUCCAAGAGAAUGGCUGUGUACAAUGGGGGAGUCGAGGCUUUGUCCACUUUUCUUGGUAAGUUAAUAUAUAUAUAUAUAUAUCUAUAUAUUCCAUAUGGAUAUUGGGGCUUAUUUAAUAAAGGGAUUGGACCCAUGUUUUCCCCAUAAUUCAGUGUAUUAUCCAUAAGUUCCAGUGUAAUUUCUGCAAUGUGAUAAAUAUGGAAAGUGAAAAAUGGUGCCAAUGAGUAAAUAGCCAUGCAAU